AUGACACAAAGGAAAGUGUACCCGCCUUACUCGUGGAGGAAACCGCGCGCUUCCGUCUUGGUGCUGACGACCACCUUUACAAUGGCCCUCAUCAUUAUAAUGUGGGACAUUUACCACAUUUCGGAGGUGCAUUCGAACAGCAGUUAUGAUCUCUUAGGCACGUUUGAAAAUGACUAUUACUUGACGCUCACUCCCCCGAGCACCGUCAGCAUUUGGCAAGAGCGUGAGUUUCUAGUGAUUGUUGGCAUACCCUCUGUUGAUAGGGACGAGUGGCAGAAGCGACGGAACCUUCAACGGCGGACUUGUUGGCAAUACGCUGGCGUGGCUACCUUAGAAAACAACUUUACAGGUGAGCUUCUCCCGCUGUACCUCCUCGCACCACAUCAAUUAAACGGGUACGAAAUCUCAGAAUCGCUGCGGGAUGAGGCUUCACGAACAAAUGACGUGGUUAUGCUUCCAACCAAUGAUGUGUGUUCUCUCGCACGAAGGAAAAUUGGUGAAGGUGGAAGCUGGGGAGUUGAGUCAGAGCUUGUGAUGAGCCGCAAGACCUUCCUUUGGCUUCAGUUUGCCGUUACCGCCUUUCCAAAUGUAAGUUAUAUUGUGAAAGGUGACGACGAUGUGUUUGUCCGUGUACCGCAGUAUCUCGCGGACCUCCGUGUGAUGCCUCGUAAUGGAUUAUAUAUGGGCCGUGUCUAUGGUGCCACAUUCUUCUGGAGGUCGGGUGGGAUACCAUUCGCUGCAGGAUACUUCACUACCUUUUCCAGAGAUGUUGCAGAAGCUGUUGCCUCCUACAGGCCUCUUGAACGACUUUUGAAGGCACCCUACUCCAUAUGGCGUAUGAGGCAGUACCUUUCCAUGAGUGUGUUGCAUGAGGAUGUAAUGAGUGCUUUAGUGCUGCAAGAUAAGAUCAGGUAUAAGGGCCUGAUCAUUGCCAACGCAGCAGGGUGUCACUUUCACAACAAAGCAAAAGAAGACAUCAGGGAGGCAGUGAGCAAUAGAUCUGUUGUAGUCCACCAUAUAAGGGAAGAAGACUACGAGGUUCUGAUGGAUCAUUUUUCUAACAUUUCGGAACGACCUCAGCCAUACGGCGUCAGGUGGCUACGGAAUGACCGCGCUAUGGUUCUGUGCUAA